UUGAGUAAUUCAGUCAACAAACAACCUGCGCGAAGUAAUCAUGGUGGACGUGUCCAGCGAACCACCGAUAUCCAACGCUUUUUACGCUCAUGAUUACGAAUACAGCAUCCAAGUAAAUCGUUGGCUAAUGCAACCAAUAGGAGCAUGGCCAAAGCUUACUAAGACAAACAGAACGCAAAGAUUAUUCGCAAAAUUGUUGAACUUUAUCUGCCACUCGUUGAUCAUUUUCACAAUCGUACCUUGUAUAUUGCACAUCGUGUAUGAAGCUGAAAGCUCGAGGAUGAAAAUGAAGAUCAUUGGUCCAGUGAGUCAUUGGCUGAUGGGAGAAUUGAAUUACUGUUGUCUUUUGUCGAAAACCGACGACAUAAUCCGUUGCAUAAAACACGUGGAACGCGACUGGCAGGUCGUUGAAAAUGCCAGCAGUCGUGAAAUGAUGCUGAAGUACGCGAAGGUCGGACGUUUCAUCGCUUUCAUAGCUGCAUUCUGUAUGCACAGUGGCGUUCUGGCCUUCAGCAUAACUAAAGGCUUUAAGAAGAUGAUGUUUCUCGUUGGGAAUGACAGUUAUUUCAUGUAUCCGUUACCCUGUCCGGUUUAUACGAAUUUGUUGGACGCUAGAUUUAGUCCGGCGAAUGAGAUCGUGUUUGUCCUGCAAAUCCUUUCUGGCUUCAUCGUGACGUCUGUCACGGUGGGAGCUUGUGGUUUGGCAGCUGUUCUAACGAUGCAUGCAAGUGGUCAAUUGAAUAUGGUGGUGGCCAGGUUGGAUAAUUUGGUGGAUACGAAAGUCGAGGAGAAACAGGAAGCACAGACGGUCGCUCAGAGGAAGCUUGGUAUUAUUGUUGAACAUCACCUGCGAACAUUAAGUCUCAUAGCCUCGAUAGAAAAAGUUAUGAACAUGAUAUGUCUCGUUGAGUUGGUGGGAUGUACGAUAAACAUGUGCAUAAUCAAAUAUUCUUUUCUCACGGAAAAAUCGAAAGAUAUGAGAAUCGUAUAUGCUAUCGUGUAUGCAUCCAUGGUGUUUAACAUAUUCAUAUUCUGUUACAUCGGAGAAAUAGUUAUUGAACAGGGCGAAAGAGUUGGGAAGAAAGUUUAUAUGACUGAAUGGUACCGAUUACCUCACAAAACUGCUCUCGGUUUAGUGCUGGUUAUUUCAAGAUCGAGUAUGGUGGUCAAAAUUACUGCUGGAAAAUUCAUACAAAUAUCUAUCACGACCUUUGGCGUCGUGUUUAAAACUUCUUUCGCGUACCUCAACAUGAUCCGCACGAUGUUAUAAAGCAUUUGCAUACCGCAUCAAAAAGCAGGAGAAUAAUCGUUCGUUGUUAUUUUCAAUGUGAUACCGCAAUGUAUUAUAUCGCAUGAGUAACAUGUUGACUGUCACGAGUGACUUUUCAAUGAAAUAUUAUCAUCACUGAUGAUCGACAAGGCCAGAAAUAAA